AGAGUUUGUGUGUGUCUCAGAAUGAGCAGCAGAGGGUUUUGUGGUGUGUUUCUCUGCAGCGUGAGAGUAAAUGUGGACAGAGUUCAGGACAGUGUGUGUUCUCAGAGCUGGGAUAUAGUACCUGCUGUAUAAAGUCAGAACAGCGUGGAGAGGAGUGAAGUCAAGUGGAGGAUUUCAGACCAGAACAGCACCGUCAGAGAGAAAGAAAGAAAACAUGCCGAGGUCUUUCCUGGUGAAGAGUAAAAGGGCCCACAGCUACCACCAGACCCGGUACCUAGACGAUGACUACAGUAGACUGGACACUAUUCUGGCUCACGUGUGCACAGAGACCAAAUCUCAGAGGGAGUUUGACUCCAACUUGCAACCGCAGGAGGAUGUGACCGCAAGCGCUGACAGACUUUCCCUCGGGUCCAGGCUGCUGUCCCCGGGGUCGCUGUCCUCCAGCUCGCCGCUGAGCUGUGAAGGCAGCGUGUGUGACCGAUCCUCCGACUUUGAUUUCUGGCGUCCCCCGUCUCCCUCCUCAUCACCAGAUUCAGAGAAAUGCCCCACUACAGCAGCGGAGAACGGCCAGCACUUCAACAUCCCGCUCUUUCCUUACUCCUGGACAGCGUACUCCGGCUCUGAGCUGAGGAAUCUGGUUCCGGGGCCAUAUCAUCACCACCUCCAGGGCCACAGGGAGGUUCACUCACCUGUCAGCAUCUACGGUGCGGAGGACAGCGGCACCGAGCCGCUUUACGCACAGCGGGGCACGGUGUCCGGAUCCUACCAGGAUUAUUCUUCAACGGUCCACCAAAUAUGCAGGAUGCGGGACGGAGACGAGCUGUAUGUGGAUGUAAAGCAGAAGCCCCGCCGGGCGGAAAUCAAGUCUGAAAGUGACUUAAUUUGCUCUAACAUCGAGUCAAGCGGAUCCUAUAAAUGCAUUAAAUGUUGCAAGGUGUUCUCCACACCUCACGGGUUGGAGGUUCAUGUGCGUCGGUCGCACAGCGGGACGCGGCCGUUUGAGUGCGGGAUCUGCGGGAAAACCUUCGGACACGCCGUAAGCCUGGAUCAGCAUAGAGCGGUUCACUCGCAGGAGAGGAGCUUCAGCUGUAAAAUCUGCGGCAAAAGCUUCAAGCGCUCCUCCACGCUGUCCACGCACCUGCUCAUCCACUCGGACACGCGGCCCUAUCCGUGCCAGUACUGCGGGAAGAGGUUCCACCAAAAGUCAGACAUGAAAAAGCACACUUUCAUCCACACAGGUGAGAAGCCGCACAAGUGCCAGGUGUGCGGGAAGGCCUUCAGUCAGAGCUCCAACCUCAUCACGCACAGCAGGAAACACACGGGCUUCAAACCUUUCGGCUGUGACCUCUGCGGGAAAGGUUUCCAGAGGAAAGUGGACCUGAGGAGACACAAGGAGACGCAGCACGGACUCAAAUGAGCAGACGUCGAUGAUUGCGCCCAAAAUCCUGCACUUUUAAUGCCCCCCCCGACUAUGCUGAAUAGUGUUUUUAUUUUAUUCUAUUGUUCGUUUGUUGCAUUGGCCUAUACUUUCUCUAUUGUUAUUUUAGCCUGAGAUAUGCUGGUUGAGUUUAUGGAAAUAAAAGUUUAUUUAUCGA